UGUUACCACUCGUUUAACUGAGGAACCGACGUGCCUAACCAGGGUUAAUAACAUCAUUAUUAUAAAUACGUAGUUUUGCUAACGUUGUGGAUGCGAAACCCCCCCUAACUAUCUCUCUCCGGUGGCUGCUUUGUAUCUGAGUGUACGAUUGAAUUUCGAGCAAAUCGAUUACACCGGAAGUGAGAUCACGAUGGCCACGCCGGCAGCUGCUCCACCACCGGAUAUCAGUUUCAAGUGCACCAAUAUGGACGACCUCUUUACCUGUUUCGUUAAAAUAACCAGUGGAUCUCCUCUGCCAAACAAUGUUAUCGAUCACGUAAAUCCUUACGGAAUUGACCCCAAAAAUUUACCUGGAGGCGUUUGGUUCCUGAUUAACUCCAAGGAGGAAGUCGAUACGAAAGGUGGCGAGUGGAAGACCAAAGAGGAAGGUCGUGAAGUUUUUUCCGACUCUGAGAUGAUUGGUUGGAGAACAAGUCUUGAAUAUUACGAGGGUCGAGAACCUCAUCAACGUAAAACUGAGUGGGUGAUGGAGAUGUUCAACGUAACUGUGAAGAGGAUGUGCGACGAGAAGGAGAAACAGGAAACCAGCUCCCUGUGCCGAGUUUCUCUUGUUCCCAGCCAUGAGAUGGUUGAGAAUGGAACAGGGAAUCAUUUGAUUCCACAUCUUGAUCUCGAUGCUCACAGCAGUUCAAGAAACCCUCAGCAUGAAGAGACAGAAGCAUUGGCUGUUGCAGAGAGAAAUGAAGGAGAGAACCUCUUUGGGAUGGACUCUGGAGGUUAUGAUAUCGGUUUCUUUGCGGGAGGUAACUUUUUGGAACUGAAGGACCUUGAUAACCCAACAUCACCUUCCUCGAGUUCUGAUAAUUCAAGUGCCAUUAGCAUUUCAUCGGGCGAAUGUUUCGACUCGUUGGCUAUUUUGCAAGAACUCGACGAGCAAAUUUUAGAACAAAAAGAUUCAGGUAAAAAGCUCGAUGUCUUGGCAGGCGACAAACCAAAUGAGUUGGAUACGGUUCCAGCCACUUUAGGGGGUUUAGUUAGUGUUGAAGGAAGCAACUCAAGCAGUGAGGGUGAUGAAUCCUUCAAAACUGGUGUGAGUGGAGACCCAAACAAUCAGGUAGCAAAGCGUGCCAAAGUGGAGGAAGGUCCAUCGUCAUCUCGUAAACCAUCGGAGAGCCAUGGUGGAAGAAGAAAGGGAGGCAGUUUAGGGGGAAUGCUUAGAAAGAAGUACUUAUGCUUUAUGCCAUUUUAGAUGGGAUGGUAAUUUCAGAGAAAGUAAAUUAGCAUGGUAUUUAGAUGAUUAAUGAACAUGUUUUUUAGAUAAACUGUUAUGUAUAGCAGCACCUAAAACUGCAAAGUCACUGCAUUAGUCAAAGUAAUGAGAUUCUUAUUCAAAGAUGAUGAAAGAAAGAAACUUGAUCAUCCUAUCCUCGAGUAGGAAGUCCAUGAAUCAGUGGAUCUUUCCUCUUUUUAGGAGUGGUCGAUCACUUCCUUUUUCCAUGUAAUACUUGGUUUUGAAACUUAGUUGUUAACUGCACCUUCUUUUUUUUUUUUAA